GGUGCUUACAAAUUAUUCUACUGGGAUAUUCAACAAAUUGGUCCGGACAUGGAGUUGGAAAGUGAGUCUAUUAAUGCAUAUCUUGCGAUCAUGGUGAGACAAUGCAAUCGCCAUAAUUCAGCAAAAGCAGCAUUCAUUGAUUCAUUUUCAAUGACAGCCAUUUGGAAGAGAAAAGCUCCAAGACUCAAGAUCAAACCCAUGGAGCAUGAAGUGAUUCUGGGAAUUGUAAAUGAACAUCAUCACUGGACAUUAGUGGUCAUUUACCCACAAGAAAAGAAGUCGCUGUAUCUUGAUCCACUCGGAGAAACUAAACAAGGUAUCCAAAAUUGUUUGGAAUCAACAAGGGCAUUCAUGCGAAAAAAAGGAUGCAACGUCUCAAGAUGGACUUGUGACACAGUCAAACACCCAAAACAAGUGGACGCUGCCUCAUGUGGAGUCUUUGCAUUGAAAUUUGCUGAAAAGAUCUUGCGAAAAGAGUCAAUAGACUUUCCGUCUACAAAAAAGGCCAUAAACACACACAGGCUGCAAAUUGCCACCACUCUCCUCCUAGAGACAGAUGACCUGACAAACAUCUGUCAUUUCUGCGGGGAAGAAGAGCAUGAAACUGACAAUAAAUGGAUUCAGUGUGAGAAGUGUUUGAGGUGGUUCCACCAGCUCUGCUUGAAAAGCCCACCACCAGAAGACGUGUUUAUUUGUUUCGCAUGUACAUAGUUGACACUAAAGGUGCACAGCUAGUGUUCUUAUGGCACACAUUGUUGAGAACACACAUAUCUACAUAUAUAGAUGUAGAUGUUAAAUUAAGAAGUCUAAAAAAAGAAAUUGGUCUCCAAAGUUUCUGUAGUUAUUAGUUACACUGUAAUUUAUUUUGCAAAUAAACUCUUUCGUGAUAGCAA